AUGGCGACGAGCAUACCCCCGAACCCGACCUCUCACACGGUCAUCUCGCUCCUUGGCAAGCUGAACGACACGGACCCUGACUUCAGGUUCAUGGCAUUGAACGACUUGAUCGCUGUCUUCGCUAAUGCCAAGAAUGACAUGCUACAUCAUGACUACAACACUGCCGCCCGCACCAUCGAUCACGUUGUCAAGGCCUUGGAUGACCAGAACGGUGAGGUUCAGAACCAGGCGAUCAAAUGCCUUGGGCCUCUCGUCGCGAAAACACCUACAAACCUCAUUGCGCCCCUGAUUGAGAAGCUUACCACUCUGAAGCUCCAGAACUCCGUCGACAACUCCGUUCCCGCUCUGGCCCUUCGUAAUGUCAUCGAAGCUCUUCCACGACCUCAGCCUGGCCAGGCCGCCACAAAGGAGGUCAUCGAAGCCUACACUAGUAUCAGUAGGGUGCUGAUGCCCAGGCUUUUGGGUCGCACUUCUCAGGCGGCCAAGGCUAGUGGCAGUGUUCGCCUGCCCCCAGCAGGGCAAGGAAUCAUCCAGGAUGACGCCCUCGUGAACGCCGAUGCCGUCGACGUCAUCAUCGAGGUUGUGAAGUGUUUCGGAACCAUGCUGUCACCACAAGAUGAAGUUCAGGCUCUACAAGAUGUUAUCCUAGGACUGCUUGACAACCAAAAGGCGACGUCAGCAGUCAGGAAGAAGGCCGUGAUAGCCCUUUCGAUCCUGGCUGUCCAUCUGCAGGAUGAUCAACUGAUUGCAUUCCUCAAUCGCGCUGUGGCGGUACUCAAGAACCCCAAGACCGACCCCGUCACCCAGCGACUCUACCUGACCAUUAUGGGCUCUAUGGCACGAUCCAUUCCACAUCGUUUUGGUAAGCACAUUGGCGAUGUUGUACAGCUGACUCUGGCCUUUUUGGCCGAGGAGGAUUUGCAAAGCCAUCUUGAGGAAAUUGGCGAGGGCGACGACGUGGGCUUGGAGUUUUCCGAGGUCCGUGAGGCAGCGCUGCUGGCCCUCGAAGCUUACCUGGCCUCUUGCCCUUCGGAGAUGCGUCCAUAUACCGAUGAGACCAUUGCAGCAUCCCUUCGAUAUUUGAAAUACGACCCCAACUAUGCGAUGGACGAGGACGAAGACAUGGAAGAGGAGGAGGAAGAGGAAGACGACUUUGGUGACGACGAUGAGUUUGAGGCCGGGGCAGGCUUUGAUGACGACGAUGACGCUAGUUGGAAGGCACGCAGGUGUGCUGCCAAAGCACUUCACACACUCGUCUCCACGAGAAGCAACGGUGAUCUUCUGGAUAGCGGCGUGCUCUACGGCCAGAUUGCACCGCCAUUAGUCAAGCGUUUCGACGAGCGUGAGGAAAAUGUCCGCUUGGAAGUCAUUUCUACCCUUUCUCUUCUUGUUCGAAAGACGGGAGAGGGCAUCAUUCCGGAAUUUUUGUUGGAUGUCACCCAAUCUCCGCAGACCCAGAGCCGCAAGCGAAGACGGCAGAGCAGCGGUGUCUCUGCCACCGCUCGUUCUGAUGGAAAUGGUCUGGUAUCGCCUACUGCUGAGAAGAUCCCUUCCACUGGACCCCGUGCUGAUCUCGCCAAAAUCACGCCGCAACUGGUGAAGGCGUCCACGAAGCUGCUCAAGGGCAAGUCGAUCCCUACCAAGCAAGCGAUUAUGAAUCUCUUGGAUGAUUUGAUUCUUGUUCAGCAAGGUGGUCUUUCCGACCAUCUGGAUCAAAUCUUUGACCUCGUCAUCGAUGCAGCCAAGACCAACGCAGCCUCCAACACGUCGACCUCGUUGUCUGGAAGUGGCGGGGCCGCCUCUGCCACGCCAUCUACCUUGCGUGUUGCGGCUCUCAAACUUCUCAGCGACGUCGCUAAGACGCACUCGUCGAGCCUGCUGCAGCCUUAUCUUACCAAGAUGGUCAGCGGAGUUGUGAGUGCUGCGGAUGACCGUUUCUACAAGAUAUCCUCCCAAGCGAUAGAGACCGUGGAGGAGAUUGGUAAAGCCAUUACGCCCCCACGUUCGCAAAAGACGGCACAAAAGUACAAAUCAGAGUUGUCGAAGUUGUACGACGUGGCUGUCGAGAGGGCCACAGCUGUUGACGCAGAUGCCGAGGUGCGACAAAAGGCCAUACAUGCAUUGGGUACUCUACUCGCCCGCACAAGUGACGGUGAAGGAGCCACCCUUCUUUCUGCCGAAAAGCGGAAUAAGGGUCUGUCAAUCAUCGCCGAUAGGCUCAAGAACGAGACUACACGUCUCGCUGCUGUGCGAGCAGUCGAAGAGAUCGCCGCCCAUCCUUCGCCCAACUUCGAUCCUGACUGGGCGCGAGAUGUGACUCUGGAGCUGUCGGCUCAAGUGAGAAAGGCGAACCGUGCUUUGAGAGCAUCAAGUAUUCAGGCCUUGAAGCAUCUUCUUGUUUCCGCCACAGGACAACAGGCCCUGGAUAAAGCGACACUCGAGAACCUGAUCGAGGCUCUUCUGCCGAUCAUCGCUAACACCGAUGCUCAGCUACAUGGGCCGACAUUCCGAAUACUGACUAGCUUGGUUAAGGUGGAUGCGAAAUACGUUGUUGAUCCUAAGUUCGACACUGCAAUCUGUGACUACGUGCAGCAGAACGUGGUCAAUGCAGUCUUGAGUCCCUUGCUGGACCUCAUCGCCCAGAUUGGUCAAUCUGGGGCUGGCGAGGAGCUGAUGACACGGAUGCUUAAGGACGUCGGUGUCAGCGGGGAUCCUUCGACCGUGGGCAAAGUCAUUGGAACCCUCUUGGUAGCCAGCGGCGGAACGGGUGGGGUAGACAUCAACAGCUUUAUAACCGAGGCUGAGACCGCUGAGGACAAGGCUCGAGGCAGCCUGGCUCUAAGCGUACUUGGCGAAGCGGCGCUGAGACUGGGCCCUAAAUCACCUCUGAAGCCCGAAAUCUUCACCAAGCACUUUGGCGACGAGUACGACAAGUUCUCACUGACGGCGGCAAUGGCGCUGGGCCGUGCUGCAGCCGGCAACGCACAGGUGUACCUGCCAGUGAUUCUGCAGAGCUUUCAAAAUGCCGGUGCCAAACAAUACUUGCUCUUGCAGUCAAUCAAGGAGAUCCUGUUGCAGAAGACCAACAUCAGUGAUUUUGCGCAGCCGAUCUGGGACUGCUUGCUAGAAGCUUCGCAAGGCGAGGACAACAAGGCGGUUUGCGCAGAGUGCGUGGGACGCCUCGCGGUUGUUGACCCUGAGACCUUUAUCCCUAAGUUGGAUAAACUUCUGGGCAACCCCACGCCAGCUGUGCGAGGCAUUGCUGUCCAAGCAUUGCGAUACACCUUUGCAGACAGCGGGGACAAAUUCGACACUGUUCUACAGAACUAUUUGAUAUCGAUGCUCACGUCAAUUCUGCAAGACCCAGAUAUGGACAUUCGACGACUGGCUAUGUCGACCUUUACUUCAGCGGCAAACAACAAACCCGACAUGGUCCUGGGUCACCUGAACAAGUUGAUGCCAUUCGUUCUUGGAGAAUCGACUGUCAAGCCAGAGCUGAUUCGUGAAGUCAUGAUGGGUCCCUUUAAGAUCAUGGUGGAUGAUGGGCUUGAGCUCCGCAAGGGUGCGUACGAGUCACUGUACGCGCUGAUGGAGAUCGCCAUGCCCAGAAUUAGCAUCAUUGAGCUGUACGACCGCAUCAUUGCAGGACUCAAAGACGACAAUGAUAUUCGGGCGAUGAGCAAUCUUAUGCUCUCCAAGCUGGCAGUCAUUGACCCCCAAGAGACACAACGGCGCCUUGACACUAUCGCGGAGGCAUUCCGAGCUACAUUGUCUACCAAACUCAAGGAGAACUCUGUGAAGCAGGAGUACGAGAAGCAGGAGGAAGCGGCUCGUAGCGUGCUCCGGACGACCCUGCUUCUGUCUGACAAACUUAAGGGGAGUGUGGGCAGCGGACAGUGCCAAGUCUGGUCAGCGUACGUGGACUGGGUCAACAAGGACUUUGACAGGCAGUUGAGGCAGCUACGAGAGGAGAACGACAAGAUUGGCCACAAAUACGCCUAG